UGAUGAUUCGAACGAAAUAUUAAAUUGGAUAAAUGAUUUCGAAAAAACGAGAAAUAAACGUUAUGCCAAUGAUUUAGAUGGUAAAACAAAAGAAAAUACUUCGAAAAAUUCAUCAAGUUCAAAUUGCCCAUUUGCUACGAAUGCUUCUGACGAAACUAACCGAACAAACCCGAAUAAGGACGUUUGGAAAUCGAACAAAACCGAAGAUAGCCGAAGUCGUAUAUCCGAAUCUUUGAAAGAACGCAAGGAUGUAUUAAAGAAUAUUAAGAAAACAAAUUCCCAAGAUCAAUCGAAUCGUUGGAUCAUAGAAAAUAUUUCUGAUAUAGUUACAUCGAAGGAGACGUCGUCGAAAUUGACCAAUUCAAUUCGAGUUAUUCCAAAUACGGCCAACAUAUACAAUCAUAUUUAUCUUUCGUCAAAUUAUUCAGAAAAAUUCUUGAAUAUAUCGAAAUUAAUGAAAUUAAUGCGAAGAUGUGCACGAGUUAGUCGCAUUAGACGAAGAAUUUUCAAAGCAACUAACAAUAGAUCGAGAAAUCGUUUGUCUAUUAUUUGUAAGAGAAAUCAUUCGUUAUUUUUCAACGAUUCUAAUGAUUUGAAAGGAAACGUUUGUGACACUUUGGCGGGAAUUAAAGAAGAACUGUCGGGCAAUUUACGAGCAGCUAAAAAACUCUGCGAAGAAUUGCCGAAUUCUAAUAUUAUUCGUUCUAUUUCUACCCCGGAAAUCGAAGACACUUUGAGCGAAGUUUUAACGAGAUGUAAAAAUUAUCUUCGUAAUAAUAAUUACUGCGAAGAAGCUAUAACAAAAAUGAAUGAUUUAUUAACAGAAAGUGUCAACGACCUUCAAAAAAUUGUGAAAGUGGAUAAUCUCGUUCCCUCUAAGAAAACCUUAAGAAAACCUAUAGAAGGUUUUUAUAAUCAUUAUAUUUUAAUCCUUGAGCAAUGUUGCAAACAUUCAGAAUCUAUUCAGGGAAGACAAGAUUUUCCAAAAAAUGACAUUAAGCAAGCAUUAAAUGGUAAGGAGAAAAUGAUUGAUCAAAAAAGCAAAAUAAAGGGAUUAAUAAACGAUAUGUUGCAUUUAACCAAUGAUAUUACUACUGCAGAAGACAAUAAAGAAAAUAUUAAGAAGCCUCUCAAUCGUAAAGCGAGUAUUUCGAAUAAUAUAAAAAAUAAACAAUCUAACAAUAGAUUGGAAAUAAAAACGAAUCGUGGCAAAAAUGUUAGAUCAAAUACGAUGAAGAAGGUAAAUCAAAUGGAAAGUGAAAUGAAUUUUACUUCUCAACAAUUUCAAGCAGGUUCUUCGAACGUUAGAAAAAACAAAAUGGUUAACUUUAAGAAGGAUAAAGCCUUGAAAGAAAAUCAAAAUCGUUCAGACAGACCGAUUUAUUCGCAAGAAUUAGAAAACUUAAAAAGGACGAAGAGAUCUACACAUACGAUUUCGAAUAUUUCUUUCGUUAAUAACAAAGAAAAAGUUAAGAAUAAUCCUGGGCCAUGUUUGGAAAAUGUUCAAGCGAUUAAAGACAAGAAAAACAAUGAAAUGUGCGAAAAGAAAACAAGAAUGUCGUCGUCGAUCUACAUUACCGAUAAAUCUCGUGAUCGACCGAGGAAAUCUGAUGAUAUUCGUAUCAAGCGGCAAAUUCAACCUGUUUGGAAACCAGGCGGUGCCAUUAAAUCUUUUGCUUCUAAUCCGAUGUUUUUAAAUAACGAAACGACUAAUCGUCGUACGUGGCAGCAUUGUUUUGGAAAAGACAAUCAAGAAACAAAAAAAUCGAUUGUUAAUCCAUCAGAGCCAAUAGUCUCGAACAGGAAUAAUUUCUUUAAGGAGUAUCGAAGGAAUGAGAAUUUUGCUGAGAAACGUGUAACUGGAUUAUGCGAAUUGCUCGCAGAAACAAGAACAAUACAGAAGGAAUUAAAAGAUAAUAAUAAUUCGUUAUCCGAAACGCGUUCCUCUCCAUAUAAUCGAUCACAAAUACCAGUAUCGAAUAUGUCGUUGACAAAGGGUCGAGUUAAUAGUACCGAACUAAAUUCGAAGAAAGACAAAUCUGAACCUAAAUCACGUUCAGGUAUUCCUAAAUUAAAUGCAUUGAAAGUUCUGUUUAAAGAUAAACGUGACAAUAAAUCACCAGAGACUACGAAUGUUCUUACGGAAGAUUACGAGAAAAAGGAGGAAGAUAAGAAAAUUUGUUGCUCGAAUGAAAGAAAUGAUAGCAAAAACUCGUCGAUGGUUUUAUUAGAAGUUCCUGAAAAACUUCCUAUAAAUUCAUCGUCAGAAUAUAAAAAUGAAGAAACUAACGAAGAGACAACGAAGAAGAAUAUAAAAGAAAAAUCAUUCGCAGAAAAAUUAAACUCAUCCGAUGAAAAAGUUACUAAGAUAAAUGAUUCUUUACAAAAGUCGAUAUUAAAAAGUAAUACCAACUUUGAUCGUGAUACAAUGAUCGAGAAUCAGCCAAGUUUAAUAUCUUUUAGAAAUAUGAACAGUAAUACCGAAGCCAAUUCAAUGUCUAACUCAAUAACGAUGGUCACCUCGUCAAAACGUUGUCAAUUAUCAUGUCUGUCUUCGUUAUCGUCAAAAACCGAUUUCAUUUUCGAAAAGUCUAUCAAGAAAAGCAAAUCAAGUAAAAUUGACAAGGAUUCUUUAGAAAAUUCGACCGAUGAUAAUGACGAGGAAAGUGAAUUUAAGUUGGACGAGUUAAAAGAUUCUGAUCCAAUUGAAGAAAAGAAGGAACAUGAAACGUCUCUGAACAUAUCAGAUAUCGUAUCUUCCUCAAUGUCUUACGUUCCAACAAAAAAUUUUGAACAUCAACGUAAAUUACGAUAUUCAAAUAUUAAAAAAGAUAUUUCGAGAGAUUCUUUGAACAAAGUUUCUAUUGCUUCGACAUCGGGCAGUGAUAUUGAUCAAGAGAUAAGAUCAAUGACGUUAAUAGAAAAAGCUCGAUUCAACGAUAAUGAAUCGAUCGAUCGCAUGAUCGAUGAAAAGAAAUGUAAGAGUUCGCAAACUAUAUCACAUUCGAAAUCAUUUUCCGAUGCUUAUACCAACGUCGAGAAUAUAAAUUCUAAUUGCAUUAAAUGUGUCGAUAGAAUAGUUUCAUCUCCCAACGAAAUUGAUUUGAAAAUAUCAUUGAAAGAUGUUGCUACAGAAAUUCUUUCGCAAGAUCAAUCGAUACUAUUACCAACUCAAAUGAAUCAAACGCAAACGAACGAAUGUUCGUCAACGUUUCUAGAGAAAAGCAUUGCUACUGAUUUAGUUAUAAAUUCUUCGAACAAUCCCAACGAAACUAAGACCGUUGUUAACGUUGAAUCAAAAUCAAUAUGCGCGAGCGAAGAAAAAGUUCUAGAUCAUAAUGAUCGAUGGGUCAUGGAAACCGUAGAGUUAUAUUGUGAACAACCUAACGACAAUCUAGCCAUAUCAAUAGAGAACCGUAAAGAAGAAAAGAAAGAUUCUAACGAUCCUAAUGAUCGAUGGGUCGCGGAAACCGUAGAGUUAUAUUGCGAACAACCUAAUUACGAAGAUGACUCUAAAGAGGAUAAAAGUGAAUUAAACAAAUCGUCUGAAUCAAAAAUAAGUAAUAAUUUUAAUAUCGAAAGAUCUAUACUGUCGGUAUCACUGAUUGAUCAAUUAAAAGAUAUCAAAGAGCAAUUGCAAAGCGUUGAUGUAAAAUUGAAUAAAUUACAGGAAACUACAAAGGAAGCCAAUAAUGCAUUUUCUCGAGUUAACGUAAUUACUACACCGUUUGAUUCUAAUAUCAAGAAAAUAAUAUCUGUUUCAUCGAAUGAUUUGCCGGAAUCGUCGAAUGUAAAAAAUGUUAUGAUCAAUGAUCGACGAUCUUCUUCGACGAUAGAAUCGUCCUUAUCUUCUAAUUCUUUCAAACGAUCGUCAAGAAUUUCACAAGGACGUCGUUUCGAACGUUUUAAUAGAAAUCUCAACGAAAUGAGCGAUGUCACGGAUGCUUUCCAAAUGACUUGUUGUUAUUCGAAAAAUUUGUGCGACGCUAUUAAAACUUGUGAAGAUUGCUCGAUCGUUAAUAAUCAAUCGGACGAAUGUAAAAAAAGUUCAUCUACGUCAUUCGAAGAAGCUACAGGAUUUUUUGAAAAAGCAUCUAUGGAAGUUGACGAACAAUUGACCUGCGAAUAUUUUAAUAAGAAUUGUUCUCGUUCUUACGACAAGAAUAAUUUCAAUGACGAUGACGAGGAGAUGAUUAGUGUUAAAAGUACGUCGUCUUCUGUCGAACAUAUUUUUUAUGAAUUAAGAACAACCGAUCAUUCCUCAUCCGACAAUGAAUCCGAUCAGACUGAUAAUUACCUAUUUCUUUCAACUAAAAAUUCUAACGACAUGAAAGAGAGAGAUACGAAAACAAUAUCAGAUUCCAUUAAGAAAGUAUCAUCAAAUGUUUUGAGUAUAAAAGAUCAACGCUUAGAGAUAAUGAAGUAUUCCGAUAAAGAAACAUAUUUUACAUUUUGUAACGAAAAUAUCGAAUCGAAUGAUUAUAAUGAUUUAAUUAUUUCUAGAGAAGGCUUGCUUCUUCUUAUCUAUUUUACUAUAUGUUUCUUCGUAUUUUUUUGUUUGAACUUUUCUGUUACCUGUGAACCAUGGUUUAUUUCUUAAACGUUUGUUUAAUUAAUAAAUAAUUAAUUUCGUUUUUGUUCUUACAGAAGCUCUCGUUAGAUUUUCAUAUUAGAUUCGUUUCUCUCGUAUUUUCUUUCACGUUUUGUUUGUAAUAAAGAUUAAAAAAUUUCAACAUAUUUUUUUUUAUAAUACUAACAUCGUUUAUAUAUAUAUAUAUAUGUGUGUGUGUGUGUCUGUGUGUAUUGAAAAAUUGUUAAAACUAAGAAACAAGAUAAUAUUAACGAAGAUUAUACAUGUUGCACUUACGCAUUAAUUUAAAUAUACGAUUACAUUCUCCUAAUUU